UUUAUUUUCAUUAAAUUCUUGUAAUUGUCUAAUUUAUGAAGAAAUGUUGACUUUUUACAAUAUAUCUUUGAUGAAAAUAUAAUUUUGUACUAUAAUUUGUUUUAUAAUUGACUUGUGUACUACGUUUUUAUGCAAAGAAGUUGGUUUAUUUUGGGAAAUUGAUGUUAUCGUUUACUGACAUUAACGAUGGGCGAUAGCUCUAGAAGCAGUCCUAGUAUAUUGAUACCCGAGUCUCCUGGGAGCCCCAAUAUUCUGGAACCAGAAUCGCCACCACAUAAUGCUAAUAAUGAUAAUGCAGAAGAAAACCGAGGAGAAUCAUCACAGCAACAUCAAAUCAAUGAAAAUUCCAAUGACUCAGCAUCCACAAUCACAUAUGAAACUAGACACCAGGUAGAGCCGUGGACACCAUAUGUGGGUAUCAUUUACGAUGACAAUCCCAUCAGUUUGCAGAAUUCUCUACAGUCGGAUGUCGAGGACAGUGUCCCCUUAUUGCUGCCUGCUGGCUUGGUGGAGCCCUGGCGGCCGAACUUGGGCAUUUAUAACGAUAACUCAAAUUCUUUGCAAGCAAGAAGUUCCGUACACUCUGAAGAUAGUAAUCCAAUAAGUGCUGCUUCUGUUACUGAAGAAUCCAGCUUGCAAUCACUUCCCGAACCACAUAAAGACGAUAGUAUAGAUGAACCGCCUGCAAAAGUUAGAAAAUUAAGUUCGCCCAAAAGAAAUGACGAUGUCGAUGGUGAAACAUGCCCUAUAUGCUUAGAUUCGUGGGGCAAUUCCGGUGAACAUAGACUGGUUGCGUUGAAGUGUGGACAUUUAUUCGGUUCUCAGUGCGUGGAGCGAUGGCUCAAAGCGCAGCCGGCUAAAGAUCGAUCCUGCCCGACUUGCAAGAGUAAAGCGACGUUAAAAGACGUGCGGUUUAUUUACGCGAGGCGUCUAGUAGCGGCCGACACGUCGCAGAUAACGACCCUGCAAAAACAGAUUGAUAAUUUACAAGCAGAAAAGAGUCGUGUGGAACUGGAAUUGCACAAGUCCAGGAUAGCGCAUCGCACUUGCGUUCUGCAGCUUGAAGUGUUGCGGGAGACUUUGAUGAAGAACCAGGUCACGAAAGACCAGCCUCCGAGACGCUCGUGGCGAUUCGCGUUAGAGAAAAAUCUAGAAAUGUGCAAAGACGGUGGCUGCCGCGUGCUAACUUACAACUGUCGGACUUAUGAACUAUACGUGUCGCAAAAGAGUACGAACAACUUAUUCCCAGGUUACGGAAUAAGGAAAGUCAGUUGUGUAGAUUAUAAACUAGGUCAGUUUGUGCAUUUACAUCCAAAACCUAUUAGAGACAUUACGUAUUCGCAGCCGCGCGAUUUGCUUCUAAGUGUCGGUUUGGAUAGUUCAGUUAGAAUAGUGGAAAGGGGAAUUGCUAGUUCGACGAUAACUUGCGGAGUGCCUCUAUGGUCGUGCUCGUGGGAUUAUUUAAGAAGUAACGAGUUUUACGUGGGCGGAGUUGGUGGAGUGAUACACCAGUACGAUGUGAGAAACUCAAGCUCGUACAUACAAAGACUGACAGCUCCGGGAGACUUAUCGCCGGUCGUGUCUCUAUGUUCAACGGAGUACGGUUUACUGUCUUGCCAGUUGAAUUCUUGCCGUUUGUGGGUCGCUAACAUCGCUAACAUGAGGCAGUGGGAGCCGCGGACCUUACCCGUGGAAGGACCUUUCAUGUCUCUAUGUUAUGACAACGAAUCUCACAGAGCGCUAGUUUCUUGCCGGUCAAGUGGCGCGGAGAGAUCCAGAUUGAGUCUAUGCAAGUUAAAAACGAGUGUGCCAAGUGGAGAAGUGCUAUUUGACAUAGAGCAGACGUUCAGUGGUUCGGCUCGUUCAUUAUCCAUGUCGAGGUCUACAUGGGUGAAGGCUCCUGGUGCCUCGUGGGUAGCCGCACAUUCUGAAAGCGAAUCGACUCUAUAUUUGCACGGUUUGGACGGUGCGAGGACAAUGUCGCUGCCCGCGGCAGAACCAGCGUUGGACGUUUGUGCGGCGCAGUUGAAUGGUGAUACGAUAUUAGCGGCUCUAUCUGCUUCGAGGUUAAGGCUUUACAAAGCGGUGCCAACGAAUUCCUGACAUAGGGACUACUUUCUGUGAUUGUGAAGACUGAUUUGCAUUUCUUGAACUAAAGGACUUAUUUCGUGGUAUUGACUUGUACGAGGAUUAUGUCCCGUAUCUGGUAGUAAUAUAGUUUCGAUAUAGUUUAAUUGUGAAAUUGGAAGCAGCAGUGAAAAUUUGAGUAACAGAAAAUUAAACUAAUUGGUUAAAAACAGGCUUUAUUUAUCAGUUUUUCAUGAAAUUGCGAAAUGUUUUUAAGUUUCUACAGUUUGAAUGCAGUGAUAUCAGAUAACUAGCGUUAAAUCAAGCAAAAGAACUUUUAUUUAACUAUUGCUCUAUACUUCAUAGCUUAAUUAUAAAAAAAUAAUGCAAUGUUAGCCUCUAGUCUUAGCUAUUCCGCCUGUAAAUCAGACAUGCUUUGCUCCAUAUCUGAAGAACUUGUGCCAUCUACAAAUCUAAAAUUAAAGCGUAAUUGAAAAAUCAUUUAAAAUUAACGAAACAGCACUUCACUUAAAAUUUUAAUUACUGAAAACAAUAAGGCUGCAGUGUAAGAAAAUAAUAUCCCAAUUUAAUAAAUCCAUUUGCUCGUUGAAAAUCAAGUUGAAAAUGUAUCAGCGUAUUAACAUCUAUAGAGACAAUAGAGUUUCUAUCGAAUAAUAUAACCCAUAACAAGUAUGAAUAAUUUUAUUAGUCUUUUGAAUCUGCUAUCCAAAGUAAUAUGCGUAAAAUAUAGGUUUUGUAGGAAAUUUAUUAUAGAAUUGAAAGUCUUCUAAAGUGAUUGUGUAAUUAAAAGAAAUUUUGGGAAGCCUCAAAAUAGUUAUAAACGUGUGUAUAUUUAAUAAAAAGACUUAAAUAAUUUAAAGUAUUAAAGUGAUCGAUAUGUCGCUGAUUACUGGUUGAAUUGGCCAUUUCAUUAAUAGCCUAGGCUUUUGAUUAAAGGGCGAGUCGCUAUUUAUUAAGUGCUUAAAUGAUAACAACAAUGCUUCGUUUAAGUUAAAUAAACGGCGCCGUUUAAUAAAGUGCCUAGGCUGUUAAUAAAAUAGCUGAUAAAUGAUAAUAUCACUAAAUGGCUGCGACAAUACCUUACUGAACGAUGAGCUAGUGAUAAUAUAUUAUAAUGUAUUGGAUUUUUAUUUCGCUAUCGGUAUGGCGACUAUAUCUUAAAAUGUAGUUCGAAUUAUGUUGCUCUCAGGUAGGGCAGUAAAUACCUCAUUAUUGUAAUAUUACCUUUGUAAAUGGUUGUAAUUUGUAAUUAAUUGUUUUGCCUUUAAUAAACGAAUUGAAUUAAA